AAUCCAGACGGGAGAUGACAAGUGCCUGGAUUAGGACCUGCGCUGCUUCCUGUGUGAGGCAGGGUCGUACUCUGCGGAUGUUGUAGAGCAUGAACCUACAAGAACGGGCCACCGCCUUGAUGUUAGUUGAGAACGACAGGGUGUUGUCCAGGAUCACGCCAAGGUUCUUAGCGCUCUGGGAGGAGGACACAAUGGAGUUAGAGCUGUAGGCCUACAGACCUAAUUAAGGGUAGUUUAGCGGACCCCACUGUUUGUGGAACUUUUACAAUCUUUCUGACUUUAUUUGAGCAUAGAUGCGUUCAUUCUCAAAAUAGUCAAAUUAAUAAUUCAACCAACGGUUUGUCAUCUUGUUUGAUGUCUUGUCAAACGAAGGAGUUUUUUCCUAGCCAGCUUUAUCUGAAAAUUACUUCUGGUAGGCUAUUAAAGUCCGUUGCCCUUGAAAAAAAAAAAAAAAGACUUUAUCCAUGGACAGCAGUAGGCUGUCACAGCACGGCGAGUCCUAGGAGUCAUAGCUUACCAUACCCGGGAGCAAGGGGGAGGCGACUGGCUAUGUAACCGGCUUAAUAGCUACACUUUAUCCACAGCGGGACUGCAUCAUGCAUACACUAGGAUUUUUUUUCUAGACUAAUGUUUGCUGAAAUUAGUUCUACGUCCACGGAUCCAGUGCGACAGGUCAUCAAAUAAUAAACAGCUGAAGACUUCACAGCGAAUGUGUCGGGCAAGCAAUAAGGUCGGUCGAUAUGGCAUAACUGUUCAGAUGUCAGUAGGCUAGUACGGCGGCCAAACGGGAGAAGAGCUGUGCCCUCGCAAUAUAAAUCAAAACACUCGAGAGAGCCAUCGACUUCAGAAUCAUUUUGCCGCUCAGAAAUACAAUUACUGAAGCAACGAUCCGAAGGCAAACACGUCGGAGAGGGAGUCAUUCUGAUUCGGACCAAGACGGGAACCACAAGGCAGAAGCGGGGAGAACACACACAUCAAUUUGUCUUGCUUGACGCACGUUCUGAUUUCUUGCAGAUAUCCAGAACACGGAAUAAGGCAACAAAACACAAUAAUAAUGUGGAACAAUUCUCGACGUGUGGGCUACAACCAGGACCCAACACACUGAUCUCCCCUUGAUCCGACCGACCGGGCCGCAGAACGGGACGCCGCACCACCCAAAUACCCAGAAGCCACCAGGCCUCUGCUGGUUAUGAGCAGGGGGUUGGGAGGGAGGUGUGGGGAGUUAACAAACAUACCACCCACAGCUUUAUCGUAGCCCUCUCUUUCCUGAUCUAUUUCAUUAACAUUGACCGUAACCACUAGCAAGUCCAUUUUCAUUCCCCAAAUAGCCCCAAAACUAGCCUACUAAUAACAAAUACAGCAUUUGACUACAUACUGCAUUAGCAUAACACUAGCAUAGCAUUACUACUAGCAUAACAUAACUAGGAUAACAUUACUAAAAUUCCUUACUAGUGUUCUAUUGACAGUACUUACACGCUGCCGCGCAUUCUAAUGAUAUACCUUCAAACAUCCAGCAGCAAAUGAUAAUUGGAAACUGCUACCAUAGCUUUGAGAGUACCCUGCAUAGAUCAGUCAUUCAACCUUUCCCACUUGUCAAGUGGUUUGAGGGCAGUGGUGAAGUACCUGUUGAGACACACACACACACACACAUUCAUUGACACACACACACACUCAGGGACCAUGCUGAGCAGCCUGGCUUCUGGCUCCAUCUUCUUCCCGGGCCUGUUCCUGCUGUCUAAGAGAUGCCUGAAACACACCCCUGGCCUGGCUCUGAGCGAGGGAGAUGCCACCAUCGUGUCUGCCAGGCUGGUGUCAUCCAUCCAAGCCAUCAUGGCUUCCUUAGCUGGCUACAUCAUCGCAUCCUCCUGUGAGGACGUCAUCGAGGAUCAACACUGGCUUACCAGUACCUACAUCCUGUUUGCGGUGCCCUACUUUGUGUACGACAUCUACGCCAUGUUCCUGUGCUACUGGCACAAGCUGCAGGUUAAAGGGCACGAGGAGGAGGGCGGCAGGCCAAAGCCAAUGGGCUCGGAAGUGGCCAGCUACCUGCGCAGAGAGUUCCUCAUGGUGCUGCACCACGUCGUCAUGGUGACCAUCUGCUUCCCCGUCUCCGUGUUCUGGAGGCAGGGAAAGGGCGAUUACUUCCAGGGUGUCAUGUUUAUGGCUGAACUCAGCACUCCAUCCGUCUGCCUGGGGAAAAUCCUCAUCCGGUACAAGAAGCAGCACACUCUUCUUCAUAAAGUGAAUGGCGCUCUCAUGCUGGUCACUUUCUUCGUCUGUCGAGUUCUGCUCUUCCCCUACCUCUACUACGCCUACAGCAGGUAACAUACUGACCACUGUCUGCCUGUCUCUGUCUCUCUUUCUGCCUGUCUGUAGGUCUCUGUCUAGCUGUGUCUUUCUGUCUGUGCGCUUGUCUGUCUGUCCCCAACUUCAUCUAUGCGUAUUGUUUUUUUAUCUCGCGUUCUUAAGAUCUACGAUGGUAGGUUACAAGUUUAAGUUUGUAGGCUUCUGUCCUAGCUACUUAGCUAGCAGAUAAUAUCAUUCAUAUAUAUAAGCAAUAUCUUUCUCAUUGUCUGAUUGAAAAUAUCUUGCUUGCUUGUAUGUAGCUAUCUAGCCACUAAGCACCAUGUCACCAUUUUGUUUUGUUACCUAGUUCUAUCAACCUUGAUUUCACAUGUGGAAAAUCACACAUAAAAACAUGUGUUUUUGGGACAUGAUUCGUUAUAUUUCACACAGUGCUUGUAACAUAGUGUUUACAACUUACAAAUUUGACACUUUGACAUACUCGGUGUUCAAAAUAUUAGGAACACCUUCCUAAUAUUAAGUUGCCCCCCUUUUUGUCCUCAGAACAGACUAAAUUUGUUGGGGCAUGGACUCUACAAGGUGUCAAGCGUUCUACAGGGAUGCUGCUCCAUGUUGACUCCAAUGCUUCCCACUGUUGUCAAGUUGGCUGGAUGUCCUUUGGGUGGUGGAUCAUUCUUGAUACACACGGGAAAAUGUUAUGCGUGAAAAAUCCAGCAGCAUUGCAGUUCUUGACACACUCAAACCGGUGUACUUGGUACCUAAUAUCAUACCUUGUUCAAAGGCACUUAAAUAUUUGUUCUUGCCCAUUCACCCUCUGAAUGGCAGACACACACAGUGCCGUCGGACGGGCCAGUUCUAUGUCUCAAUUGUCUCAAGGCUUAAAAAUCCUUCUUUAACCUGUCUCCUCCCCUUCAUCUACAGUAAGUGAAGUGGAUUUAACAAGUGACAUCAAUAAGAGAUCAUAGCUUUCACCUGGAUUCCCCCUGGUCAGUCUGUCAUGGAAAGAACAGGUGUUCCUUCUGUUUUGUACACCCGGUGUACAGGACUACAUUGUGUAUGUUUAUUGAUACAGUAAUUAUUAUUCAACGUGUCCUAACCUGGGAUUUGAACUCACAACCUCUUGGUUCACAACAUUCCAAUCUUUCUGCUACGUCAUUACGUCGGUGUCAAUAACUGAUUUCACUUGUAUUUCUACACUUGGGACAUCAAAGUGGAUCUCAGAUUUGCUAAAAAAUACACUAAAGAAAAGCUAUUUAUCAUUGUUAUUCAGGAAUAACAUAAAAACUGAAUAAUAUUCCCCACCAACAUUAGACAACUAUACAGAAAAUCCCCAAAUUACUGAUAUAAGUAAAUUAAAUCAAUGAUGAGAGAAUAGCCAGAUUAAAUGAUAACUAAAAUAGCAGUGCAGAUGGCACUCUAGCUAAGUGCAGAGAUGUUGGCAUGAAGGAUCGAGAGACAGACGCAGGAAUGCGCAGUAGGGUUUUUUAUUAAUCACAAAUUACGGAUGGGCCUUUUGCCACUGCCGAAGUUGCGGCGGACGGAGCAUUCCCACUGUCUCCCUUAAUGGAAGAUUAUUCUGUCACGUUGGUAUGAAGAGUUUCGGGAGACAGGCGCAGGAUUGCGUAAUAAGGGUUUUUAUUAAGCCCAAAUUACUGUGUGCCGUGUAAAGGCACAGGGACGAAGACCAAACAAACACGUAACAAAACACAGGGUAAAAACCCAAAACAAAAGAGCGAGGAAUACCUAGAAUAAAUUACACACUCGCACAAUUAUUAACACAUGGGACGAGACCCGUAAUCUUCUGCGCAAUCCACAAGGGCACGAAAGCCCAAAACACACAGCACAGGUACUCACACGCACCAACGGACAUUGUAACAAUAAUCGACUGCCCAAUGGAACCAAAGGGCACACAUAUAUAAAUACAAUCAGAGGGAAUAGGGGCCAGGUGUGUGUAAUGAAAGUUCCGGAGGGAUCCGUGAUGGUUUGGGACAAUCUGGGACCAUCCCAUGACGUCGUGACGACUGGUAAAACAAAUGCCUUAUAAACACCUUAACAUGAUCCCUUACGGAAAAACAACUUGAAUUUCACGUGAUCUUAUGUGAAGUUAAUGUGAUUAUGUGACAUGUAAAGGAACAUGUGAUAACAUUAAAUUAUGUAUUUUACAACAUGUGGGCACUUGAAAACAUGAUCUUGUGAAAUAAAUGGGACACAUGGGGAUACAAAUCUGAAACUACACGUGACAACACGUCAGCACAUGUGAAAUCAUGAUCUCAUGUGAAGUGUUCCAAAAACAUGUUUGCAAAUGAUUUCACAUGUGAAUUGAUCCAAAAACACGUUUUGACAUGUGAAAUGUUAUGUGUAGUUGCAUGUUAUCACAACUUAACAUAAAAGGACGUGAUCACAAUGUGAAAUUCUUGUUUUUUUCCAUAAGGGAAGCAUUCUUCCUUGAUUGUUUGUAAUUAAAUCAGAUUGUUCAGUUUAAAGUCAUUAGCCAUAAACCAAAAUCCUUGACAAUAGCUAGCUUGAGACAAGGUGUCUUGUUUUAGAAUGUGUUCAAAUGAACAAGUUUGCUCUAAGUAAGUUUUAAAAAAUCUGGGUAAGCUUGUUAGCUAGCAACAUUAAACAAACAUUAACCCUCAUUUCCCCCCUACGCCUCACAUCCUCCUCCUCGUGUUGCAGGUAUGCCUCCAUCCCCCUCUACACAGUGCCCCUUGUGGCUCCCUGGCAGUGCAACGUGGGGGCCUUCUGCCUGAUGGC